AUGUCUCACGCCAAGGGAAACUGGCAACCAUCACGACCCAACAUCAACGAAAGAACCGAGUAUAUGUUUAACAACGAUCUCUACAGCGACGUGAAGUUUAUUGUGCCUAAGACUGUAGGAGAAAGUAAAAUUAAACGAGAGAUUCCAGCUCACAAGUUCAUACUGUCGAUCAGCAGUCCUGUGUUUGAGGCAAUGUUUCACAAUGUGCUAGCGGAGCCUACAGACACCAUUGAACUGCCUGACUGUGAGUACGAGAGUCUGCUGGAGUUGUUUCGCUACAUGUACAGCGACGAAGCCAACUUAAACGGAAAUAAUGUGAUGGGGGUGCUGUAUUUAGCGAAUAAAUAUAUAGUGCCUGCACUGGCUGAUAUAUGCGUGACUUAUUUACAAGAAAACGUGGAUUCAUCGAAUGUGUUCAACGUUCUACCCUCGGCUCUGAUAUAUGAAGAGAAAGAGUUGGUAGAGGAAUGUUGGGACGUGGUUGAUAAUCAAACAGAGCAAGCCUUGAGAUCGGAGGCUUUUAAGACAAUUGAGAGAUCCUUACUCGAAGCAGUUGUCCAAAGGGAUAGCUUGGCUAUUAAAGAGUUGAAUUUGUUCCAAGCAGUCAAUCUCUGGGCGGCAAAGGAAUGCGAGAGACAAGGAUUAUCAACAAACGGUAAAGUGAAAAGAAGAAUUCUUGGAGAGUCCAUCGUGAGAGGAAUACGCUUUCCACUUAUAAGACAAGCUGAAUUUGCCAGAAUUGUUCUUGUUAGUGAAAUACUUACAACUCAGGAAGUCGCUAGAUUUUUCAAAUAUUACAAUUACGCCCAGUCCGCGUCUUCACUGGGAUUUUUGGAUUCCAAACGAACAGGAUUCAGCGAUCAUAGGAUUUAUCAUUGUCGCAGAUUUAGAUCACUAUUAGAUGGAAGAAACAGAGUUAACGGGGGAAACAACGAUCGACUCCUUUUUCGUGUGGACAGAGAUAUUAUUGUACAUGGUGUCGGCUUGUUUGGAAGCGAUAACAAUAGCUACUCCAUCACUGUGGAGUUAAAAGAAAGUGGCCAAACUUUCCCUGAAGAGGUCGUAUCGGAAACUGUUCAAUGCACGUAUAUACCAUACAAAUGUGAUUUCUAUUUCGGGUAUGAACUUAUGUUCCACGCUCCAAUUUAUGUCAAGAAAAAUACAGACUAUGAAUUUAAAGCGAGCAUUCAUGGUCCGCAAUCUUGGGUCGGGAGAAAUGGAACUGCCAUCAUCCAAUAUAUACUUCCCAUAGCGAGAUUUACAUUUACAGAUGUCAAGGAUGUCAGUAAUGCCACAACCACUAAGGAGGGGCAAUUUCCCGAAAUAUUAUUUUCCUGUAUUGUUUGA